AUGAUGGAUCGAGACGCAGUGGAAGAAUUCAUUGAGACUCAGGAUAAGGCUAAUGGGUUGGACACAAAGGUGAAAAUGGAGGCUUCGAGCGAUGGGGGUAGUAUGAGGAGUAGUAAGGGGAUACAGUUACAAGUGACACCGACUAAGGUGAAUCCAUCGCGAUCAGAGUCGCAUCCAUUGAAGGAAGAUGCGGUGAUAAGUGCUGGCGAGAGAGAAGAGAAGAGUAAGGAGAAUCGGAUCCGGAGGAGUAAUACGUGGAAACGGCGGUCUUUGAUAACUCCAUUAAUGUCUCCUGAGCAGAAGCAACAGCAACAGCAAUUGCAGUUUCAACAAUUGCAGCAGCAUCAGCAGCAGCAAAGUGGGAAAAAUGGUGAUAUGUCGUGGACACCGCUGGGCAGAAACCGGAGGAAUACUGGGGAAUGCAGCGAUGGGCAGCAAUCGGUUAGAUCCAGCAUUGGAAGCAUCAAUUCUGCGAUGUUAGAGAAAGUAGACACGGACUUGGCUUUAACUUUGCCGUUUGAGACUUCGGGCCAAGAGGUUUCGGGCCAGGAGACAUCCAAUUUGAACGCAAAUAAUAAUAGUAAUAAUAUCAAUAACCAAGGUCAAGGUCAAGGCCAAGGCCAUGGCCUUGAUUUGAAUUCGAACCAAUCGCAAAGCCAAAACAAUAUUUCUACUGGGAACCGGUCUCCCAGCAACGCAGAAGAUGUAGAUGCAUUACUUCAAUCGCUAGCGAAUAAAGAACUGGAGAUAUUGGAGAGGACAAGAAAGAUGCACGAUCUUUUCAGGCAGAUUAAGGCCGAGGAUCGAAUGAUACAGCAAACAGCGGCUGAAUUACAACAAUUGAAGAAGAAGGUUAGCGAGCUAGUCGGCACAGGACAUCAGUACGAGAAGAAUUAUAGCAUGAGCAGAGGAAAUUCCACGUCCUCGGGGAAUAGCGGCAUUGCAGCGAACCAAAGCAAGAAACCAGCGUCCUUAUGGUCGAAAUCUGUGUCGCUUCUCAGUCAGUUUGACCAAAUGAUCCAGGGCACGAUGGAAACGAAAUUGCGUAUGAUGGAUGCGGAGUCCGGGGAGCAAAGCGAGACGACUAGCGAGGCGAGCGAAGUCUCUGGCCCAGGAUCAGGCCCAGGAUCAGGCCCAGGAUCAGGCCCAAAGAAACGCGAGCAAGAAAGUGCCGUUGCCCCAACGAGCUCUAUAUGGUCGCUUGUGAACGAGUUCAAGCAGGGGCUUGGAUUGGUAGGCAUUGAAGAAGAGGAAGAAGCGGAUGGCACGCCUACCACGGCAAGCACUACUACAGAUGCGGAUUCUGGUAGUAAACACGGCCAGCAUGUCACGGGCGAUGUCGAGAUGCAUGCCUUGUGA